CAUGAACCAAGGGUCCAUGGAAAUUAAACUCAUAGUCGUGUAUAACUUGUGCCAAUAAUUAACCCAGUUUGUCAAGUAAAAACAAAAUAGUACUUCAAAUCUUAUUAAACAUUAGUUCAUCCUAAUUAAACUCAAUAAACUAUUACCAAUUGUUUUAAAUUUAUCACCAAAGAAUAACAAAAAGGCAACUUAAGCUAUCCCACCAAAAGCUAAGCUAAGGCAUCAAUUCCCUUCCCACCCUCUUUCAAAAAUGCAUUUAUGAAUCAUCACAAAACAACAUUCAAAAGUAGAGAAUUUCAACAACAAAAAAUAACAACACUAAAAAAAAUGUUCAUCAUUAUCAACCAAACUAACCAUGCUACUCUUCUUCUCUUCCUCAUUUUCCUACUUUCUUACUUCUCCUAUACAAAUUCCUAUGUCUUCAUCUAUGCCGGUUGUUCUCAAGAAAAGUUCCAACCCUCGUCGUCUUUUGAAUCCACCAUCAACACCUUCCUAACCUCGGUUGUCACCUCCUCAUCGCAAACCGGCCUCUACAACACCUUCACCCCAGGAGACUCUUCCCCUAGCACCUCCUCCGACUCCACGAUUUACGGCCUAUACCAAUGUAGGGGUGACUUAAGACCUUCAGAUUGUACAAGUUGCAUCCAAAGUGCAGUCACUCAAAUAGGCCUAAUAUGCCCUUACUCCUAUGGUGCUACCCUACAACUUGAGGGGUGUUAUGUACGAUAUGAGAAGUUCGACUUCCUAGGAAAACCCGACAAUACGGUCAUGUACAAGAGGUGUAGCCGGAGCUCGAGUGAUGAUGCUGAGUUUUUUCGUAGAAGAGAGGAUGUUUUAGCCACUAUACAAGGGGCGGUGAAUGGGUUUAGGGUUUCGAGUUUGGGUUCGGUACAAGGGUUUGGGCAGUGCUUAGGAGAUUUGAACUCUAAUGAUUGUUCAAAUUGUUUGAAUGAGGCUGUUAAAGAGUUGAAAACACUUUGUGGUCAAGCUGCUGCUGCUCAUGUUUUCUUGGCUAAGUGUUAUGCUGAGUAUUGGGAAGCUGGUUACUAUGAUUUAUCCACUCAUAAUUCAGAAGCGUCGCACGAUGAUGAAGUUGCAAAAACAGUAGCUAUUAUUGUCGGAAUCAUCGGAGGAAUCGCAAUUUUGAUCGUUCUUCUAUCCGUUUGUCGGAAAUCAGCUCCCGGUGGCAAAUAAAUUUGUUUAGUUUUUUCUAUUAAUUUGCAUUUUGUUGAAUUUUAUCUUGAUGCAAAUUUUCAAAUUAA